UGGUUGCGGCGAGAUGUAAGCGGAGGUAACCUGAGUGUACGGCGGUGCGCGUUAUAAAUUAUGCAUGAUGUCAAGCGUCGACGCCGUACGGCCGGCCUCGCUCUCUCUACCACAGUGCGUCGGCGGACACACUCGCCGCGAGGCCCGCAUCGCGCUUGAUCAUCCGCGGGACACACCGGCUACUCCAAGCGGGGAAGACUACACUCAACCCCGCCAACAACCACCCCCAACCCUCGGGGUAGCGCUCGUCAACGAACUGGACUGGUCAAUAAAUGGUAAACAACAACAACAACAACAACAUGUGUGGUUGUGAUGUGCGUGUGGAACAACGUCCAUAGACGGAAGCACUGAGCUCAAACAUGGCUUCAGGUCUGUUCCAGUGGUUGUUGGACUUGUUCUGCUGCCGUUCCUACUGUUGUGACUGCUGUCUGGAGAAGAAUGAGGAUGUCUUCCCCCAGCGCAGGUACAAGUAUACCUAUGUCUACGCCGGGCGCCAUCGGACGUACUCGGAAACCUCUAGUCGGGCAUCUUCGACUUCCGAGUCCCGCCGAAGCUCGGCGUCGAGUACCCUCUCCAACAACAUCGCCGGCUCGUCGGUGGAUCGCCGGGGCAACUCGAGCAGCGCUCCGGUCAUCGACAUGCGACCGAUCGAGUUCUGGCCGGCCGGAGCCACCAACAAGGAGUCGGUACAACCUCGGAGCCGAGCCAACCGACUGAUGGGCACGAGCGGCGUCGAUGUACGAAAGUUCCAGCCGAGGCUCUACGAAGUCGACGAGAACGAAGACGACGACAUGACGGAUGAAGAGAAAGUUGCAAAGUACAAACUCGGCCAGCUGUACUUCAACUUUCACUACAACCUCAUCCACAGCGUAUUCAUCGUCACCGUACGAGAGGCUCGGAAUCUUCCGUUUCCGAUGAUUGGUGACGAGACCCGACAAGACUUCGCCCACUCGAACCCUUACGUCAAGGUGUGCCUGCUGCCCGACCAAAAGAGUGCCAAGCAGACGUCUGUCAAGCCGAAAACUCAAAACCCAGAGUUUAACGAGACGUUCAAGUUCGAAAUCCCGUUCCUGGAAGUUCAGAGGAGGAUGCUGCUGCUGUCGCUCCAGGACUACGACAAGUUUUCCCGCCACUGUGUCAUAGGUCAGGUCAUCCUUCCGCUGGAGAACUAUGACCUCCUGAAGGUCAGCAACGUCUGGAAACCAUUACAGCCAAGUGCACAGCUGAGUCCAGAUCGUGGUGACGUGCUGCUGUCAAUCAACUACCUGCCCAGUGCUGGCCGUUUGAACGUUGACGUCAUCAAGGCUAACCAGCUGUUACAGACGGACAUCAUAGGCGGCUGUGAUCCGUUUGUGAAGGUUCAAAUGGUGGUGGGGACCAGACUGGUUAAGUCUAAGAAGACUUCAUGUAAGAAGAACACCAUCGAUCCGGUCUUUAACGAGUCUGUCAGCUUCAACGUCACACCUGACGUGUUGGAUGACGUCAGUCUGGUCGUCACAGUGUGGGACUACAACUGCAAGAGCAGGGACGACUUCGUCGGUAGGUUCGUACUGGGGCGACACCCAACGGGUGCGCAGGAAACUGCACACUGGGAGCGGCUGCAGGCAUCGCACCGGUCGCCAGUGGCGCAGUGGCACACUCUGAAGUCCCGCUCUGACUGUGACCAAUGUUCUCUUGCCUCUGUCGCUGCGUCCACUAGGGGGUAAACAAGAAAACAAAUAAACAAGAGGACAUAUCAUUACGUAAUAACUAAUUUAAAACUAGAGCCUUUGUACAUUUUGUGACUUGACGUUUUGCUACUAUUUUGCAAGUUCAUUGCAUUGUCAUAUGUGAGUUUAAAACAAUGUAUUACUAGUAACCGGACACAGCUCAUGCAAUAUAGUGUUUUCUUAGUCGACAAAUAUGGCAACUCAU